AUGGAACCGGACGAGAUGUUGAAUUCUAAGAGCUGGUGUAAUGCGUGUGCUGUUGAGGAUGUCUUGUACUAUCAUGAUUAUUACACGAAUAAGUUGAGAGCGUAUGAUCCAAAGCAGAGGUGUUGGAGUGUGGUGAGUGGUUUGGAAGAUUUGUUGUCUAAGAUGACCGGUUUAUCCUAUUCCAAGACGGUUAGCUACGGAGGGAAAUUGGCAAUCUUCUUUCAGAAAAAAAAAAGAUAUUUGGUGUGCGGAGAUGGCUUUAGAAAGACGGCAAGAAGGAGAGAUUUGGGGCAAUAUGCGAUGGUGUGA